AUGGCCACUUCCACACAACAGCAAUGGGUCCUUGAGGGGUCGAAUGGCUUUGACUCCUUAGUGCUUCAGGAGGCACCUGUCCCGAAAGUAGGGGAUAAAGACGUCCUUGUUCGGUUAAAGGACUCUGUUGUGCCACUUGGAGAUGGGGCCGGCGUAGUUCAGGCCAUCGGCCCUCAAGUCACUCGUUUCCAGGUUGGGGAUCGCGUCCUUCCAAUUUUCCACCAAGGCCAUCUUGCGGGCUCUCUCGACGCGAAAUCAAUCAAGACCGGACUCGGGAGUAGCCUUGAUGGAACUCUACGCCCCUAUGGAGCCUUUGAUGAAGAAAGACUUGUCAAGCUUCCUGAAAACCUUAGUUUCAUAGAGGGCGCCACUCUACCAUGCGCAGCAUUGACUGCUUGGUCUGCACUUUAUGGACUACAAGGCAAGGCAGUGGCACAAGGGGAUAUUGUCCUUACUCAAGGCACCGGUGGUGUUAGCCUGUUUGCAUUGCAGUUCGCCAAGGCAUCCGGUGCGAAGGUGAUUGCUACGACAUCUUCAAAGGAGAAGGCUGAACUCCUCAAACAAUUGGGUGCGGAUGAAGUGAUAAAUUAUAAGGAAUUCCCCGAAUGGGGCGAGGUUGUGAGAGGCCUUACUCCUAACAACGAAGGAGUAACGCAUAUUGUAGAAGUCGCCGGACCAGCUACAAUGAAAGAGUCCCUUAAAGCGAUCAAAAUAGACGGCGUCAUCUCCAUGGUUGGUUUCGUUGCAGGCUCCCCAGCUGUUGACCAGCCAUCACUCAUGGAUACUGUAUUUCAUGUGUGUACAGUCCGAGGUAUCGCUGUGGGGUCUAGAAUACAGUUUGAGGAGAUGAAUCGUGCCAUUGAGGCAAAUGACAUCCACCCCGUCGUGGAUAACCGCAUUUUCAAGUUUGGAGAAGUCCGUGAAGCUUAUCAGUAUCUAUCUGACCAGAAGCAUGUCGGCAAGGUUUGCAUUGAAAUACAGACCUAA